AUGGAAAUUCUCUUUGUGUAUGGAGCUCCUAAUGUAGAGGAUAGGCUUGUUGUUUGGGGUAAGAUGCUAGAUCUUAUACUCGCCUUUCCUACUUGUCUAGUUCUUGGAGAUUUUAACCAACUUGACCUUUUCUCAGACAAAUUGGGAGGGUCUUCUUCUAUUAAGGUGUGGGAGGAAUUUAUUCAAUGGAAAUUGGCCUCGAACUUAUCAGAUGUCCCUUUCUCUGGUCCUCCUUUUACGUGGUCUAAUAAAAGAGAGGAUACAAAUUUGAUAUUGGAAAGAUUGGAUAGGGCUUAUAUGUCUACUGACUGGUUUUUAAAAUAUCCAGAUAGUAGAGUAACUAAUCAACCAAUACUUAUAUCAGAUCAUGCUGCCAUUGUUUUUGAAACCUCUCACUUAGGUUUGAAGAAAAAUAGACCAUACCAACUUGAAGCUUGGUGUUUACUAUUCCCUGAUAUUGCUUCUAUUGUGGAAGAAGUUUGGAAUUUGGUUAUAGUGGGCUCUCCAAUGUUCACUCUUUCGAGGAAAUUAGGUUUAGCUCGUAAUCGAAUUCGUAAUUGGUGUCUUAAGAAUAAGAAAUCUAGGGGGAUUAACUGGAAACAAUUCUCUGACCCUGUGAACCAAUCGAGAUUACAAGUUUCUGAUCUCCAAUCAGGUUCGGCUUAUAUGGAAAAGAUUGACGAAAUGCACAGUAAUGCCAUGUUAUAA